AUGAUCUCUGCGAUUACUUUAACCGGAGACAACUACAAUGAAUGGGCCUCCGAGAUGCUCAAUGCUCUUCGUGCAAAGAAGAAGACUGGCUUUAUUGAUGGUUCCUUGAGGAGACCAGGGGCUGAUAGCUCCGACUUGGAAACAUGGACUUCUGUGAACUCCAUGGUUAUUGGUUGGUUGCGUACAUCGAUCUCACCUCGUGUGUGUUCUACCGUUUUGUUUCAUACCAGUGCUCGAGAUCUUUGGGAGACCUUGCAGAAACGAUUCUCAGUUGGGAAUAAAGUUCGGGUGAAUCACCUUCGUUCUCAGAUUGCUCUUUGUCGACAAGAGGGUCAGUCUGUUAUUGAUUAUUACUGGAAGCUUGUAACUUUAUGGGAUGAUUUGUAUACUUACAAGCCUCUACCCGUGUGUUCUUGUGGUGUUUAUGCAAAUAUUGCCACAGAGAGAGAAGAAGAAAAGGUGAAUCAAUUUGUCAUGGGUCUUGAUGAAUCCAAGCUUGCGAAUGUGAUACAUUCGAUUGUUGAUGCGGGUCCUUCCCCAUCCUUGGAUCAAGCUUACUCGCGUGUUAUACGUGAAGAACAUAGACGUUUGGCGGCUAAGACUCGGGAACAGCAGCAGGAUGCCGUUGGGUUCGCUGCUCGUCGUGAUGUUGGUUCUGGUUUGCUUACUGGUGACCAGUGUGUGGAGUCCUCUGUUUGCGAUCGUCACUUGCUCUGUUCUCAUUGUGGUCGGACCGGCCAUGAGAAGUCGUUUUGCUGGCAAUUGGUAGGAUAUUCUGAGUGGUUUACGGAACACAAUGCUCGGAACAGUGGUCGAGGAUCUGGUACUGGUCGAGGUCGUGGUAGAGGAGUUGGUCGUGGUCGUGGUCAAGCUGUCUCUGCUUACACAACAAGUCCCAACGUUUCCAUCUCCGAUUUUUCUCUUGAACAAUGGAAAGCUCUUUCCUUGGUUGCUCUUGAAAAAAUGAAAAGCAAUCCAGAUAAACUUUCUGGUAAGAUUCCUGGAGAUGUUAUUAUUGAUACCGGUGCUUCCCACCACAUGACGGGAAAUAUUUCUCUUCUUACUGAUUUGGUUGAUACACCAUCCUUCUCGGUUGGGUUUGCUGAUGGUAGUAUUACGUUUUCAAAGCGUAAAGGCAUUCUUCAUCUUACAGAUAAUGUAUUUUUGCUAGAUGUUCUUUACAUUCCAAAAUUGAAUUGUUCCUUGAUCUCGGUGUCGCAGAUUCUUAAACAAAUGAAGAAUUGUUUUGCACUGUUUACCGACACUCUUUGUAUUUUACAAGACCGUUUCACGAGGACUCUGAUUGGAGCCGGGAAAGAGCGUGAUGGGGUCUACUAUUUAACGGAUGUGGCAACGGCUAAUGUAACUCGUGCGGCAGCUUCAGUUGAUCAAACUUUGUGGCAUAGGUGGUUGGGACAUCCUGCGUUUUCUGUACUUUCUUCUUUACCCAUUUUGUCUAGUGUUUUGCAAUCUGCUAGUUCUAGUCCUUGUGACGUUUGUUUCCGGGCUAAGCAAACUAGAGAUGUUUUUUUAUGA